AGAGGAGCCCCAGGACCAGGAUUCCCAGGUGUCCAGUCAGUGAUCAGGACAGGACACAGACAACUCACAAUGGAGUUUGUGCUUGGCUGGGUUUUCCUUGUUGCUCUUUUAAAAGGUGUCCAGUGUGAGGUGCAGCUGGUGGAGUCUGGGGGAGACCUGGUGAAGCCUGGGGCUGGGAGAGGAGCCCAAGGCCCGGGAUACCCAGGUGUUCAUUCAGUGAUCAAGACAGAAUACAGACAACUCACCAUGGAAUUUGUGCUCGGCUGGGUUUUCUUUCCUGCUCUUUUAAAAGGUGUCCAGUGUGAGGUGCAGCUGGUGGAGUCUGGCAGUGACCUGGUGAAGCCAGAGGGAUCCCUGAGACUCUCCUGUGAAGACUCUGGAUUCACCUUCAGCAACUACUACAUGUACUGGGUCCGCCAGGCUCCAGGGAAGGGGCUGCAGUGGGUCAUAUAUAUAAGCUAUGAUGGAAGUAGCACAAGCUACACAGACUCUGUAAAGGGCCGAUUCACCAUCUCCAGAGACAAAUGCAAGAACACGCUGUAUCUGCAGAUUAACAGCCUGAGAACUGAGGACACAGCCAUGUACUACUUUGCAAAGGACACAGUGAGGGGCCCUCAGUGUGAGCCAGGACAGAAACCUCGCUGUUCACUGUUGCAGCCGGCGCGACAAAUCGAUAAGGAACGUGAGGUCUACUGGGACUUCUGGACAUUCAAGAAGCCUGCAAAUCUCACGUCCACCACUGUCCUGCAGAAGGUUAAAGGGGGCAAACAGGUUCCAAUUAGCUACCACAUGAGCUGGGUCCACGAGGAUCCAGGGAAGGGGCUGCAGUGGGUCGCAUGGAUUAGCCAUGAUGGAAGAAGCACAAACUAUGCAGACUCUGUAAAGGGCCGAUUCACCAUCUCCAGAAACAGUGGCAAGAAUACAUUGUAUCUGCAGAUGAACAGCCUGAGACCCGAGGACAGGGCGAAGUAUUAA